AAAGUAAAGUCAUACCAAGUUCCACUCCAAGGAAACCAAAAAAGAAAAAAGAGCCAUGGGUAACCAUAUUCUUCACUUGCUAAUAGUAUUCUUGUCUUUCCAAUGUUUUCUUGCUUACAACACCAUGGCUAAAUCAGCCAUGAGCUCAAAUCCAGAUGCCAUAAAAUUCAUCAAAGUUUCAUGUAAAGCCACACUUUACCCUGUUUUAUGUGUCCAAUGCCUCUCUGCUUAUGCUAACACAGUCAAACAAAGUGAGAAACAAUUAGCUCAUGCUGCUUUAUCAGUUAGUUUAAGCAGAGCAAAAUCCACAACCCUAUUCGUUUCUAAGUUAACUAGAGUGAGGGGUCUAAAGCCAAGAGAAAAGCAAGCUGUUAAGGACUGUUUGGACAACAUGAGUGAUAGUGUUGAUCAGAUAAAUAAAUCAAUUCCAGAACUUGGACAUACUGGUCAAUUUUCAGGUGGACAAGAUUUUAUGUGGCAUGUUAGUAAUGUGCAGACUUGGGUUAGUGCUGCACUUACUGAUGAAAAUACUUGUCUUGAUGGAUUUUCAGGGCCUGGUAUGAAUGGACAUGUGAAGGCUGCUUUAAGGGCUAGAAUUCUACAUCUUGCACAAGUUACUAGUAAUUCACUGGCUUUGGUUAAUCGCUUCGCGGAUAGACACCGCCCUAGUCCUUAAUGUGACAGAGAAAUUCCUGGUAGGGAGCGCUUUCUAGCCUUAGAAUGAAUGCAAAUUAAUUGGGUCAGUAGGUUUCAGAUGUUUCUGGAGUCUCAGUGAGGUUGCUAGUUUUGCUGUGUAAAGGUUAUGUUCCUCAAAUUUUGCAUGAACAUGAAUUUGGGGCUUUGUGUUUAGUGGUAACAAUUUAUAUAUACUGUGUUGUGGCUGCAAUGAAGAUAGUGCAGCUUAGUUUGCUGGUCUCUAUAUGUGAAAUUGUAAUAAUAUGAUCUUCUUGCUUGUA